GCCGGGCCGGGCCUGCGCCUCGGCGCCCGCGCCCGCGGGGAUCCGGGCCGGGCCGCCCGCCCUCGCCGCCCCUGCCGCCGCGUCCCCCGAGCCUGCGGGCGGCGCCGAGGCGGAGGAGCGCUCGCUGCAGCACAUGCUGCGCGCCAUAGCGGAGGAGCGCGGCCGCCUCAGCCUGCGCCGCGAGGUCUGCGGCCUCGGCUGCUUCAAGGACGACCGCAUCGUCUUCUGGACGUGGAUGUUCUCCACCUACUUCAUGGAGAAGUGGGCCCCUCGGCAGGACGACAUGCUCUUCUAUGUGCGCCGGAAGCUGGCGUUCGCGGGCAGCGAGAGCGGCGCUGACGGGAGGAAGCUGGCUGAGGCUGAGCCCGAGGUGGAGGUGGAGGUGUACCGGCGGGAUUCCAAGAAGCUGCCAGGCCUGGGAGACCCUGACAUUGACUGGGAAGAGAGCGUCUGCCUGAAUCUCAUCCUGCAGAAGCUGGACUACAUGGUGACAUGUGCUGUGUGCACACGCGCUGAUGGGGGGGACAUCCACAUCCAUAAGAAGAAAUCUCAGCAAGUGUUUGCAUCCCCCAGCAAACACCCCAUGGACAGCAAGGGGGAGGAGUCCAAGAUCAGCUACCCCAACAUCUUCUUCAUGAUCGACAGCUUCGAGGAGGUGUUCAGUGACAUGACUGUGGGGGAAGGAGAGAUGGUCUGUGUGGAGCUGGUGGCCAGUGACAAAACCAACACGUUCCAAGGGGUCAUCUUUCAGGGCUCCAUCCGCUAUGAGGCACUCAAGAAGGUGUAUGACAACCGAGUGAGCGUGGCAGCCCGGAUGGCACAGAAGAUGUCAUUUGGCUUCUACAAGUACAACAACAUGGAGUUUGUACGCAUGAAGGGGCCACAGGGCAAGGGCCACGCUGAGAUGGCGGUCAGCCGUGUGUCCACUGGUGACACGUCCCCCUGUGGGACAGAAGAGGACUCCAGCCCGGCUUCGCCCAUGCACGAGCGGGUGACCUCCUUCAGCACACCCCCCACCCCGGAGCGGAACAACCGGCCUGCCUUCUUUUCCCCAUCCCUCAAGAGGAAGGUGCCCCGGAACCGGAUUGCUGAGAUGAAGAAGUCCCAUUCCGCCAACGACAGCGAGGAGUUCUUCCGGGAGGACGACGGCGGAGCCGACCUGCAUAAUGCCACCAACCUGCGGUCUCGGUCCCUGUCUGGCACAGGGCGGUCUCUAGUUGGGUCCUGGCUGAAGCUGAACAGAGCAGAUGGAAAUUUCCUUCUCUAUGCACACUUAACCUACGUCACUUUGCCGCUGCAUCGGAUCUUAACAGACAUCCUGGAAGUCCGGCAGAAGCCCAUCCUGAUGACCUAGCCGUGUGCGGAGCCCGCGCAGAGCCCCCGGCCCUGCCCGGCCCUGGAGUGCUGCCAAGUGCCUACCUGUCCACCGCCACCGGGGUCUUCUGUGACAACCCAGCGCCGGAGCCAGAGCCAGGCGGGGCCACUCGACUCCCGGGGCCAGGGCCGACUCCACGAACACCAGCCCUAACUGAAGUGCCUCUUUCUCCUCCCUGCUGGCUCUGCUCCUGCCCCUGCACCCACCCCCAUCACCCAUCACCCCCAGCCCAUCUCUGGAGAGCCCUCUGCACCCAAAGAGGACCAGAGAUGCCAAGAGGCCACGAGAGAGAGUGAAGGAGCAGCCAACAUCCAGAGUGUGUCCAGACCUGCUGGCCUGACGCUCACGUCCCAGCAGACAGCAGGUGGAGACCACCCAGCUGGGGGCUCAGUGUCAAACUGGCGACCUUUCUUCAGGAAAAUGGCCUAAGAUGUUGCGAUGCUGUAUGAACUUCAGCAUUUGAGUUAGUCCCGACUCGUCCGUCCUCCCUCCUUUACACUUGGUUAUAAGUGGGUUACAUGGGGAGAUGGGGAACACAAGCUGUUGGAUGGUUUUACUCUGGGCUGGGAAUACCUCACCCUGUGCCCGCUUCCAGAAAGGCCUCGAGCUGGGCAGAUAGGCCCCGAUCCCGCCAGAAUGGCCUUUGCUUCCAGCCAAAGAGCACCGCCAACACACACACCUCUACUUGGAGACAUCCCACUCUGGCCCAUGGCUGGUGGGGCCCGCAGAACGUGGACUCUGAGGGCACAUGGGAGGGCUGAGUAGCCAGACCGGACGAGAGUGGGAUCUCAGCAAGGGUGGAUGGUGGGGUGGGGUUGGCAUCCUCCCGGGAAGGUUCUGGGUAGAACCUCCACCCUCUGGGGGCCGGGGGUGGGGAAGGGAGUUUCAUCUUCCCUAGUUUCCUAGAGCUUAAUUCCUUUGACUGAGUAAGCUGGUCUCCUUUCUCAGACCACCUGACUGAGGCAAAGAGGAAUUGGCUUCCGCGCGGCCGGUCUGGUCGGUGCGUGCGAGUAGCCGUCCAGCCUCGGGCUCGCCUGGGGCCUCCUUCCAGCCAGGAGGACUUCCGUCUGCGAUGACACGUUGUGCUCUUCUCCCAACCAGGAGCCUUCUCGAGAGCAGAUGCAUUUCCCCUCCCAUACUGGGAAUAAACUGUAAGCUGGGUCUCUGUUUCUAUGUCCUUUUGUUUGAAGUCCCCAGGAAUAUUUGAGGGGUUCCUCUUGGUGUUUAGAGACCCUCUUUGGGGGAGAAAGGGAAUCGGCGGGGCUUGUUCUCCCAUCUGUUUUUAUUCUGUGCACUCCAGGGGUUUGCACUGGGCUCCGGGAACAGAGGACUACUUUGGGGCUUUCUCUAGAUUUUGUACGCUGUUAUUAAAAGCGAGCUAUUGCAUUUCA